CAAAAGUUGGUUCCCCCAGUUAGUCGGGAGCAUCUCACCCCGUUGGAACUCCCCGAGCCUGCGCUCACACCGUUUCAGUUUCACAACCGAUUUUUAGUUGGAAUUUCUUUUUCUUGGUUUGGUGUCAUGUGACUGUGAAUCACCUGUCGAAAAAAUUGCAAUGGCCAUGGGGAUCAGAUAGUCGGAAGAUAACAUUUUUUUUUCUAUUUCGUCAGACAAAAGUGUCUCAACACCUGUCAUGCCACGACGAAGAGGAUCUACCAACAGCGCUGGACGUCGCACAACUAUUGAAGAUGGACGUUGCAAUGGAAAUAAGAAAACCAUGGCGCCUCCACGUUCGACGACUAAAAUCGUAGUGGCCUCCCCACCAAUUGCUCAGCCAGUCAACGAAAUUCCAACGGAAGCAACGCAGUCCAGUGAUCUUGGCUACUUGCACAAAAAGUUCAAAAAAGUAGCUGCUACAUUUUCGACUACUCCCGAACCAGAUGGUCCGACCGAACAGACAGUGGACGAUUCGGUUGAUUCAAAGAAAGAAGACGAUGGCUCAUCAAAAUCGUCAAAAAGUGGCCGAUACGUGUGCCAUUACUGCCAACACGCUUGCGCCAAACCCAGUGUGCUGGAAAAGCACAUCCGGGCGCACACCAAUGAGCGGCCAUAUCCGUGCAUUCCAUGCGGAUUUGCAUUCAAAACCAAGAGCAACCUGUAUAAACAUUGCAAGUCACGCACGCAUGUUCUCAAAUUGGAAGAAACUGGUGGAACUGCUCAAGGCACAGCAUCGGCCAUCAUCGAUGCGGUGGAAGGCGGAAGCGACGAUACCUCAGACGAUAACGUUAUGCUCGACGAUAGUGACGAUGGAGAACCUCUCGUCCCUGCCGAAAUUGUUCCGGUGUCAACCACCACGCCCGAAAAAUUCAAAACGCCAUAUAAACCCAAAUUUCAUAAUUUUAAAAAUGCCGAAGACAAUUUAGAAACAUCGCAGACGGCAGAUGUUGUGGAAGGACCGAAUCGACCCAGCCCAGGGUUUCUCCACGAAAGGAUCAGUCAAAUAAUCAGCAAGAAUCAAGCCAUUGUCGAAACAUUAGAUCCAAUUUGGCCCAGGCGCUACGUCCGUCAAUCCAGUCGCGAUAACAAGGAAACAGCGAAGAAUCCGCUGGUCUUAUCAUCUCCCGUCAAGAAAGUCGCCUCAACCGGAAGAGAAAGGAGCUGCAGCCUGAGUUUGGUUCCGCAUCAAGCUGAAUCCAUCGUGACUGCCCCGCUAGUUAUUCCGGCAACAACGCGAGUACUGCAAGACAGUUGCGAUGAAAGCCAGCGCAAAAGGUGCUAUUCGGAAGGACCGGCUGUGACGGACAAUCAAAUCCGACAUUCCGUCCGGAAUUUAUUACAGCAACCUGCCAAGCCCCGCUCGUCGGAUGUAUUCAAUCCGCAAAAUCCAGAAGGUUCAAUUAUUAAAGAUAUCCUAUUGAAAAGCCGUGGAUUACUGCCGGUGGUGGAUGGCAAAGAAGUUGACCCGCCAACGAAAAUGUCCUCUUCUUUCACCGUGAGUGCUCUGCUCAAUCCGUCGACAACCAGAGCCAAACCAAUGGAGAUUCCGCACACCAGCACAGAACUGACAGAUGAUCGGCCGGACGGAGGAGCAGAGCAGCCAUCCAAAAGACUCAAAGUGUCCAGUCCGGAAAUUCGACCAACGCAAUCGUCUUACCUUCGCGAAGACCGGAUACGUACGUCGCUUCCGCUUUUCGGUGGUGAAGUGGAAAUCCACGAUGGACCUCAAAGGACGGUGAUGCGGAUUGAUCCGUCGGGUUAUGCCGAAUCGAAUCGAAGCAAUGGGCAAACGGAAACACAAGCCGUCAUCGUGACGAAAGCCAGUUUGAAUUCUGGUGGUGGCAUCGUUCGCAUUCAGCCGCAAGAAUGCCGCAUUUUGCCCGUUAUCAAAACGGUGGGACUGGAAGCGACCCGCAGCGUCAUUCAACCAUCUGUGCCUUAUAUUCCGGGAAUCCCCGGUCCUUACAGUUCAAGUGGAUGGCUCCCGGCUUCCACCGUCACCUCAAUCACGAUUACUCAGUCUUCUUCAUCCAUGAUCUGUAGCUCAUCAACGUCGCGUCCCGUUCCUUCGAUCACGGUGCAUCCACCGCCACCACCCAGUCAUCAACCUAGUGGAAUUGCCCCGCACCCCGAAGAACGGACGGACAGUGGAUUCGGUGACGAGGAUCCACCGACGUCAUCCAAGUUUUUGCGUCCAAAUUCUUUGUCGUUGCAGCCGGGAACGUUCAAUUUGAAAAAGACGAAUAUGGCCGGAUUGGAUCAUUCGGGUCAGCCUAAUAUGUUGUGCGUUUCGGGAGCGGGCAUGACGCUCAUCAGUCCCGAGACGCCACGUCCUCGCAAAUUAUUUCGACAGUUGUAUCUCAACGGGCACGCGUACACUUAUCUGGGCCUGAAAUGUUCGACCAGAGUCUAUUUUUGCUGCUUGUCCCGGGCCCAGCCCAUGUACGUCCCGCAUCAUCCCAAAUUGUCCAUGUAUUCGCAAUGGAAGACGAGAGCCCCAGUCUCGGCGCCACCGGGACUCGAAGCGUCCAGCCCAAUUCAAACAAUGGCUCUUUACGAUUCAAGACAACGCCCAUCUACUUCGAGCAUAGCUCAAGCCAAUGACCACUGUCGAAUGAUUUUAACCCAUUCUUCCUAUUGGACGAACAGAGAUAGACCCACUACGACGCAUUUCAAAUUAGAGGUAGCCGAAGAAUCGGACCUUUCGGUUAUCGUUCGUCCUGAAGUCACCCGAACAGAGAAUGAACCUGCUCGUCCUCCGGAAGCCACCAGUCCAUCGGUUCGGCAGCAGCAGCAACAGCAGCAGCAACAACAACAACAACAACAACAACAACAACAACCGAAACGUGUGCGGAUUUUUGCCGGUGGUUAUAAAUCGACCGAAGAUUAUACGUACGUUCGAGGUCGGGGUAGAGGGCGUUACGUCUGUGAAGAAUGUGGCAUCCGCUGUAAGAAGCCGUCAAUGUUGAAGAAACAUAUCCGGACGCAUACGGAUCUACGUCCGUACACGUGCAGGCAAUGCAACUUCAGUUUCAAAACCAAAGGUAAUCUGACGAAACACAUGAAAUCCAAAGCCCAUCACAAAAAGUGUACGGAGUUGGGCAUCGUGCCCGUUCCCACCACCGUCGACGAAGCCAACAUUGACGAAGACAGUCUGGCCCGGCAAGAAACACUCAAAAAGAUGAAACUGGCCAGCGGAUGUGAAGGCGAUUCCGAUCUGGACGAUGAAGAUGAUGAGGACGACGAUGAAGAGGAAGACGAGGAAGUUGAAGAAGAGGAGGAUGAAGUGGAAGAAGAAACGCCAAUUGUACCCGUUCAAUUACCAAUGGGACAAUUUGAAGAUGCAAGUGAACCCAUUCGCGAAGAACGAGAACAAGAAGUGGCUCGCAGUCUACUCGAUCUGGGUGUUAUCGCUCCAGCUGGCUGUAAACCUACAACUUAUCCGUACGCCAGCCAUUUUCAUUCGACGGACGAGGAAAACCCACAUCCGCCUGUCGAGGAAUUGAAGGAAGAUCCUCCAAAAUCUCAACAACCAAUAGAUUUAUCGACAACCAACGCAAUCGCCUCGGAUUCCGCACUGUUGGCUUCCAUUUAUUCGCCCAUAGUUAGCGAAACAGCAGCUCGACGAGGCACCUCACCCGACAUCGGUGCCCAACCGGCCUCUAGCGGAAUGUUGCAAGCAUAUCUGACGGAAAAGGCCUUAAAGGAAGGACUCAUGAAACGUCAUCAAGUUAAACUGAUGACGCCAUCGGUCGUAGUGGAAAAUCCUGUCGUCACCUUCUUCCCCGCCCAAUCGAGAACAGACAGAAGUCGUUCGGAAUUUGUGGUUCCUCUUUCGUCAACCUCUGCGGCCAUACCCACGUCGGCGACCGCGUUCAAAUUGACGGACGACGGUAAAACGGCGUGCAGCAUCUGCAACAAAGUGUUUACAAAACCGUCCCAAUUACGGCUACAUAUAAACAUUCAUUAUUUUGAGAGGCCCUUUCGGUGUGAAGCCUGUGCCGUUUCGUUCCGCACAAAAGGUCACCUGCAGAAACAUAAGCGAUCGGUUACGCAUUUUAAUAAAGUUAAUAUGAAUUUGACUUUUGGGACUCCCAGCACGGAGAAUCCACGCCCUUUUAAAUGUUCCGAUUGCAUGAUUGCCUUCCGCAUUCACGGACAUUUGGCCAAACACCUUCGCUCCAAAAUGCAUAUAAUGAAACUUGAAUGUUUGGGCAAGUUGCCUUUUGGCACUUAUGCCGAAAUGGAACGGUCAGGAAUCAAUCUCAACGAAAUUGAUACAACUGAUUGCCACAAUUCGCUUGAAAGUCUUCAGUCGCUAGCGCAUCGUCUUUACAAACAAGAUCCGUCCAAAAUUCAGCAAUGGCAACAAGAGGCCCAAGUCGCAGUGGAAGCUAGUCUGAGAGAACGGACGAUUAGCGAAUCGUCGGAAGAAUUUUCGGAUGUUGCAGACGAAUGUGAUGAACUGGAUGAAGAUGGAGAAGACAGCGAAGGUCUUCCGGAUGGAGCGGGAGUCGAGGAAGCUCCACCAAGAAAACAAACACCCCCCAUUCGACCUGAAACGAAUCAUACUCCUCGCCCAGUAUCUCCACAACUGGAUGCGAGGAAAGCUCCUCCAGCCAUGUUUUGUUCCGUCUGUGGAGAGUCGUGUAUUUCUAUGGAAGCGUUCCAAUCGCACGUCAUGGAAAAACAUCCGCCUUUGUCACCACCUUCUACGACACCCGUCAAUUCUUGUUCUCCAACAACUGAGUCUCCCGCCAAAUUGGCGCCGCCCAGGUCAGACAUUGGCAGGAUUGUCAACCUUGCUGCGGAAUCGAGACGUUCUCCACCUCGUGUAUUGGAAGUGACAAAAUCGUCGUGGAAUCGAGGACCAAGUGAUCUCCAACACGCCCAACCUCGUGGCUUUUAUCAUCCGUCAACAGCUGCCACAGCUCAUUCGUCUGCUAAUACGUGGCCACCACGGCCACCGAUGUUUGGUGACGUGAUGAGCCUCAAUCCCAUGCCGGCUAUUCCACCUCAGUGGCAUCAAGAUCCGGCUGCCAUGGCCUGGAUUGCAUCACGCCACAUGAUGUUGCCAAUGGCCGGCCACCCGCACAACUACACCAGCGGACAUCAUGCACAUACGACAAAUGGAACUAUGCAGCCACGACACUACAGUCCCACGACUAGUUCUUCCACUAAUGAGGAUACCCUCUUUGCCUGCGAACUUUGCGGGAAAUCGUUUAUAACCAAAGACACGCUCCGACAACAUAUGUUGGCUCACGCUCAGCCUCGGCCAUUUGUUUGCGAGUUUUGCGAUGCUGGAUUUACCACUCAGAAGCAACUCGAGUCGCAUUUGGUCUUGCAUCGACCACGGACAUCCUGAUGGCCAGCAUUAUUUUUGUUUUUCUUUCAGUGGCAGCGUGUGUAUGAUGUAGAUGUGUGCUUGCACCCGGUGAAGUUUUGUCCUCCCACGGUAUCUUUAUUAAUAGCGUCACAUUGUUUCGAGCGUGUUAUUGUGUAAAUGCUUUUGCUACUAUUUGGGUCGCUAUCUUUAUUCAUUUUGCUUAUAUAUCCUUUGCGAUAAUUUUAUACACGCUCUUCAUAUUGCGUCAAAUUCAGAAACAUAUCAGAUUGACCCGGCAUGUAUAGAUGACCCUUUUUAAUUUUUCCUGCUCAAUCAACUUGUUAAUAAACUUAUUUUUCGAUA